AUGAAGGUGAAACAUGAUGAGGAAUCUCGCUGGGGGAACAGCACCUCGGUGUCAGAGUUCAUCCUGCUGGGGUUCUCCAGCCAGCCCAAGACCCAGCUGCUGCUCUUUCUGCUCUUCCUAACCAUCUACCUGGUGACUCUCUUUGGGAACAGCCUCCUCAUCACCCUUGUUGGGUCUGACUCCCGUCUCCACACACCCAUGUACUUCUUCCUGGCCAACCUCUCCUUCCUAGAUAUCAGCUACACCACCACAACUGUACCCCAGAUGCUGGUCCACCUCCUCUCCACAAAGAAGAGCAUUUCCUAUGGCUGCUGUGUUGCCCAGAUGUACAUCUUCCUCUCUCUGGGGAUAACUGAGUGUAUCCUCUAUGCUGUAAUGGCCUACGACCGGUAUGUGGCUAUUUGCCACCCUUUGCACUAUACCAUCAUCAUGAACGGGUCAGUCUGUGUCAAGAUGGUCACAAGCUCCUGGGCAUGCGGCUUCUUCUUUGCCAUGAUGCACACAGGCUUCACCAUGCACCUGCCCUACUGCGGCCCAAAUGAAAUCAAUCACUUCUUUUGUGAGGUGCCAGCCAUUUUGGAGCUGGCCUGUGCAGACAUACAGGUCAAUGAACUGGUGGAUUUUGUAUUACGCGUGAUACUACUCAUGACCCCACUCUCUUUGAUCCUGAUCUCCUAUGCAUUCAUCCUAGCAGCCAUCCUGAGGAUCAGCUCAGCUGAGGGGAAGAUCAAAGCAUUCUCCACCUGCACCUCACACAUCACCGUUGUCACUCUCUUCUACGGUGCUGCCAUGUUCAUGUACAUGCGCCCAGCCUCCAGCUACUCACCUGAGCGGGACAAAAAGUUCUCCCUCUUUUACAAUGUGGUGUCUGCCCUCCUGAAUCCUCUUAUCUACAGCCUGAGGAACAAGGAGGUCAAAGGAGCCGUACUCAAAAUGAUGGGUAGGACUGACCAUUGAAUUAAGGGUUGAGCAGAGGAGUGACUGACUUGUUGUUUACAGACCUUGGAAUGUGGUCCUAGUUCUAGGAGAGUAAAGCUCAGAGGGUUCAUCUACCCAUUCAUUAACGCACCUUUGCUGUUGCACAUUAAGUUUAGUACCUCUAAUGAGGUACUAAAGGUAUAGUAGAUGCGCUAAUGCGGAGUAGCAAAAGUGAACAGUUUUGUCGUGAUGUGCUAAUGCUCAGUAGAACAGUCCACUGCACAUUAAGGCAUCUCAUGUAGACACGCCCAGAGAUGAUAUUCAGGUAAAGUUACGACCUGUGGAUUUUAUCCCUUGCUGUCAGGUGGGAGGUAGCAUCUAGUGGGUCAUCAGAAAA